CCCGCCGCCCUGCUGGCCGUUCCCGGCGCCCGGCGCGAGGUCUUCGAGAGCACAUCUUUCCAGGGCAAGGAGCAGGCGGCCGGACCGUCGGCCGCAGCGCCACACCUACUGCACCACCACCACCACCACGCGCCCCUCGCCCACUUCCCCGGCGACUUGGUGCCUGCCAGCCUGCCCUGCGAGGAGCUGGCUGAGCCAGGCCUCGUGCCUGCCGCCGCUGCGCGCUAUGCGCUACGUGAGAUCGAGAUCCCGCUGGGGGAGCUGUUUGCCCGCAAAUCGGUUGCGUCCUCGGCGUGCUCAACGCCGCCGCCCGGGCCCGGCCCUGGCCCUUGCCCCGGGCCCGCCUCCGCUUCGCCUGCGUCCCCCUCGCCAGCCGAUGUGGCCUACGAGGAGGGCCUGGCGCGCCUCAAGAUCCGCGCGCUGGAGAAGCUGGAGGUGGACCGAAGGCUGGAGCGGCUAAGCGAGGAGGUGGAGCAGAAGAUCGCGGGCCAGGUGGGCCGGUUGCAGGCGGAGCUGGAGCGCAAGGCGGCUGAGCUGGAGACUGCCCGGCAGGAGAGCGCGCGGCUGGGGCGGGAGAAAGAGGAGCUGGAGGAGCGCGCGUCAGAGCUCUCGCGCCAGGUGGAUGUGAGUGUGGAGCUGCUGGCCUCGCUCAAGCAGGACCUGGUGCACAAGGAACAAGAGCUGAGCCGAAAGCAGCAGGAGGUGGUGCAAAUCGAUCAGUUCCUGAAGGAGACGGCAGCACGGGAGGCCAGUGCCAAGCUGCGGCUACAGCAGUUCAUUGAGGAGCUCCUGGAGCGGGCUGACCGUGCUGAACGGCAGCUGCAGGUCAUCAGCAGCAGCUGUGGCAGCACACCCAGUGCCAGCCUGGGUCGUGGAGGUGGGGGCAGUGGAGCAGGCCCCAGUGCUCGGGGCCCAGGCAGAAUGCGAGAACACCACGCGGGCCUGGCCAUGCCCAGCACAUAUGCAGUGUCACGGCAUGGUUCCUCUCCAAGCACAGGGGCCUCCAGCCGCGUGCCAGCUGCAUCUCAGAGCUCAGGCUGCUAUGACAGUGACAGUCUGGAACUGCCCCGACCAGAGGAGGGGGCCCCUGAGGACAGUGGCCCCGGGGGCUUGGGCCCACGGGCGCAGGCUGCCAACGGGGGUUCAGAGAGGUCCCAGCCUCCUCGCAGCUCAGGCCUGCGGCGCCAGGCCAUCCAGAACUGGCAGCGCAGACCCCGCCGACACAGCACCGAAGGGGAGGAAGGUGACGUCUCAGACGUGGGCUCCCGAACCACCGAGUCAGAGGCUGAGGGGCCAUCAGAUGUCCCCCGCAUGGCGCCUGCUAUGGCUGGGCCAUUGAGCAGCUGCCGGCUCUCAGCCCGCCCCGAGGGGGGCAGUGGGCGGGGUCGGCGAACUGAGAGGGGCAGCCCCUCUCGCUCCAACGAGGUCAUCAGCCCAGAGAUCCUCAAGAUGCGAGCUGCCCUUUUCUGCAUCUUCACCUACCUGGACACACGCACGCUGCUGCACGCUGCUGAGGUCUGCCGGGACUGGCGCUUCGUGGCCCGCCACCCCGCAGUAUGGACAAGGGUGCUGCUUGAGAAUGCACGCGUCUGUUCCAAGUUCCUGGCAAUGCUGGCUCAGUGGUGCACCCAGGCCCACUCACUGACACUGCAAAACUUGAAGCCCCGGCAGCGGGGAAAGAAGGAAAGCAAGGAGGAGUAUGCCCGGAGCACCCGGGGCUGCCUGGAAGCGGGACUGGAGUCCCUGCUGAAGGCGGCCGGGGGGAACCUGCUGAUCCUGCGCAUCUCCCAUUGUCCAAACAUCCUCACUGACCGUUCGCUCUGGCUGGCCAGUUGCUACUGUCGUGCCCUGCAGGCUGUCACCUACAGGAGUGCCACUGACCCUGUGGGCCAUGAAGUCAUUUGGGCUCUAGGUGCAGGCUGCAGAGAGAUUGUCUCCCUCCAGGUGGCACCACUUCACCCCUGCCAGCAGCCCACCCGCUUCAGUAACCGCUGCCUGCAGAUGAUUGGUCGCUGUUGGCCCCACCUCCGGGCCCUGGGGGUUGGGGGCGCCGGCUGUGGGGUGCAGGGCCUGGCAUCACUUGCGAGAAACUGCAUGCGGCUGCAAGUCCUGGAGCUUGACCAUGUGUCAGAAAUCACCCAGGAAGUGGCAGCUGAGGUCUGCCGGGAAGGUCUGAAGGGACUGGAGAUGCUGGUGCUCACGGCCACCCCUGUCACCCCUAAGGCCCUGCUGCACUUUAACAGCAUUUGCCGGAACCUUAAGUCCAUUGUGGUUCAGAUUGGAAUUGCUGAUUAUUUCAAAGAGCCCAGCAGCCCUGAGGCCCAGAAACUGUUUGAUGACAUGGUGACAAAACUCCAGGCCCUGCGGCGGAGGCCCGGUUUCUCUAAGAUUCUGCACAUCAAGGUGGAAGGUGGCUGCUAACCCGGGUGGGGGGCGGCAGGGCCCCUGCCAGCCCCACACCAGGGCACUCUC